UACUUUUGUACAAAGUACUUCCGGUCGGGUCACUGAGUAGUUUUUCUGAGCCGUUUUUCUCAUUGUUACCAGUGGCUUCUUUCCUCCUGCGUGAAACCACUCGUCUCCCAACUUUAGUCCUUUCAUAGGUGUUCUUUUUGACGGGCUCCUUUUGUCAGGUGUUGUUCGUCGGAGGACUCGACAACGCGUUUCAAGACGAGAAGAGGAAGCAAUAGGCCACCAUCUUUCUUUCGGAUGCCAGCAGCAAUAACAAGAAAGAGAGCAGGCUAGCUGCUAGUGGAUCUUGUACCGGGACAAUUUACACUCUCCCAUCUUUCUCCUCCGCGGGAUAAGGAAAGCAAGCUGAGGACGGAUUCGCGUGGAGCUCUAGAUACGGUCGUCAACGUUGAGCUCGUCCUUCUCGCUUGCUUUGGGAAGUUUCUGAUCAGAAGACUGGCUGCUAAGAUUUAGUAUUCCCCGUUCUUUCAUGUUUCCAACAGGUUUAUCUUCCCCUAACCCCCCACCACCGCCAACCCAAGAGGCAAGAGCAGCGGCUACUAAUGUCAAAAACGACAGUGGCAACAUUAUAUCUUCGAAGAAGAGGAAAAUAAACGGCUCCGAGAGGGAAGAGACCAGCGACACCAUCUCCCCUUCGCCUCCCAAGACCCUCACUUCCUCCUCGUCGCCGGUGCACAUCCAGAAGAAGUUGCGCUUCGAGGACUCCGUGGACUUCAUUGGGCUGGAUGUGAAAAUGGCCGAGGAGGCUGCUGCUGCUUCGUGCUCCAACAACAAAAGCAAAGCUGUGCUCCUGGCCGCCGGCGUGGGGGGCCACCAUGCCAACGGACUGACCAAGAGCGUGGCGAGCUCCGGGACCUUCUCCAACAGCAAGCCCGGCGCCGCCAAGAAGCUAGUCAUCAAGAAUUUCAAAGAAAAGCCCAAGUUGCCAGAGAACUACACACAGGAAACAUGGCAGAAGCUGAAAGAGGCAGUGGAGGCCAUUCAGAACAGCACAUCCAUCAAGUACAACCUGGAGGAGCUGUACCAGGCUGUUGAGAAUCUGUGCUCCCACAAAAUCUCUGCCAAGCUUUACAAACAGCUGAGGGCCGUGUGUGAAGAUCACAUCAAGGCCCAGAUUGACCAAUUCAGAGAGGGUGCCCUGGACAGUGUCCUCUUCCUGAAGAAAAUAGACAAGUGCUGGCAGGAUCACUGCAGACAAAUGAUAAUGAUCAGGGGUAUAUUUUUAUUUUUGGACCGUACCUAUGUUUUACAAAACUCUAUGCUGCCAUCGAUUUGGGACAUGGGUCUGGAGCUCUUUAGGUUCUACAUUAUCAGCGACCUGAAGGUCCAGAGUAAAACUAUCGAUGGUAUUCUGCUCCUCAUCGAAAGGGAGCGUAACGGCGAGGCGAUAGACCGCAGUCUGCUGAGAAGCCUAUUGAGCAUGCUCUCGGACUUGCAGAUUUAUCAAGACUCCUUUGAGCAGCGUUUUCUGGAGGAGACAAAUCGCCUGUAUGCUGCAGAAGGCCAGAGGCUGAUGCAGGAGCGAGAGGUACCCGAGUAUUUGCACCAUGUCAACAAACGCUUGGAGGAGGAGGCAGACCGAGUCAUUACCUAUUUAGACCAGAGCACACAAAAACCUCUUAUUGCCACAGUGGAGAAGCAGCUGCUAGGCGAACAUCUCACAGCAACUCUGCAGAAAGGGCUGACACACCUGCUGGAUGAAAAUAGGAUUCAGGAUCUGUCUCUCCUCUAUCAGCUCUUCAGCAGAGUGCGAAGUGGCGUUCAAGUCCUCCUGCAACACUGGAUAGAGUACAUAAAGGCGUUUGGGAGCACAAUCGUGAUUAACCCUGAAAAAGACAAAACAAUGGUGCAAGAGUUGCUAGACUUCAAAGACAAGGUGGACCAUAUCAUCGAUGUGUGCUUUAUGAAAAAUGAGAAGUUUGUGAACGCCAUGAAGGAGGCUUUCGAAACAUUCAUCAACAAGCGGCCAAAUAAGCCUGCAGAGCUCAUAGCCAAACAUGUGGAUUCUAAACUGCGAGCUGGAAACAAAGAGGCAACAGAUGAAGAAUUGGAAAAGAUGUUGGAUAAGAUAAUGAUUAUAUUUAGAUUUAUCUAUGGUAAAGACGUUUUUGAGGCCUUUUACAAGAAGGAUCUGGCCAAGAGGUUACUUGUCGGAAAAAGUGCUUCUGUGGAUGCUGAGAAGUCAAUGUUGUCCAAAUUAAAACAUGAGUGUGGGGCAGCAUUCACCAGCAAACUGGAGGGGAUGUUCAAAGAUAUGGAGCUUUCGAAAGACAUUAUGGUGCAGUUCAAACAGUAUAUGCAGUGCCAAAACAUCCCCGGUAACAUCGAACUGACUGUGAACAUCCUCACGAUGGGCUACUGGCCCACUUACAUCCCCAUGGAAGUGCAUCUUCCUGCGGAGAUGGUGCGCCUGCAAGAAAUCUUCAAGACCUUCUACCUGGGCAAACACAGCGGCAGAAAACUGCAGUGGCAGUCGACGCUUGGCCACUGUGUCUUAAAAGCUGAAUUUAAAGAGGGCAAAAAAGAGCUGCAGGUGUCACUUUUCCAAACUCUAGUGCUGCUGAUGUUCAAUGAAGGGGAGGAAUUCACCCUGGAGGAGAUUAAACUGGCGACAGGAAUAGAAGACGGUGAGCUGCGUCGCACUCUGCAGUCACUGGCAUGUGGCAAAGCGCGUGUCCUCACCAAAAUCCCAAAAAGCAAAGAUGUGGAAGAUGGGGAUAAGUUCUCCUGCAAUGACGAAUUCAAACACAGGCUUUUCCGCAUCAAAAUCAAUCAGAUCCAGAUGAAAGAGACGGUGGAGGAGCAGGCCAGCACCACGGAAAGGGUCUUCCAGGAUCGACAGUAUCAGAUUGAUGCCGCCAUCGUGCGCAUCAUGAAGAUGAGAAAAACUCUGAGCCAUAACCUUCUCAUGUCAGAGGUGUACAACCAGCUCAAGUUCCCCGUCAAGCCUGCUGACCUAAAGAAGAGGAUAGAGUCUCUCAUCGACAGAGACUAUAUGGAGCGUGACAAGGAGAAUCCCAACCAGUACAACUAUGUGGCUUAGAGAACAAACAAAUAAAAUUGAACAGUGAGAGAGAAAGAGGUACAGAUGGUCAUGAGUGAUCCUCCGCCUCUAUGAACCUUUUUGCCCCAGUGGAUGUUAAUAUGUCAUUGUCAAGCCAGCUACCGGCGAGCAGAAUGGAUUCCGCUCCACAGGAUGUUCGUCAGGGGGUCCAAGAUUCUGUGGACUGCGCCUGCAUCAAGAAUUUUGUCCAUACUUCUCAGUGCCUCUGAGCUCACUGGACAAAGGAUGCACACAUAGACACGUUGCUGUUUUUUUUUUUCUUUCUUUCUUUUCCGUUUUUUUUUUUUUUCAAGCGACAGAAAAUAUUUAUUUUCAAACUUAAGUUUCCUUGUCCACACAUGCUCUUUGUUAGAGUCACUUUGUCCAAUUAUUUUCUUUAGUUUGGGGGGAACAGUUGGGGGUUCAGCACCUUGUAAAUGCCGAUCAGCCCCUAUCAAAUAUGAGACUAUUGGGCUACUUUACUCGGUGACUGUGUCAAAUUCAAGUUGUCAAAACUGACACAAGACAGAAAAAAAGGAGCACUUCGAUUUUCAUGCUAUAUUUUGUAUUUUUGUUUCGCUUUGGCUAGGCGACACGACAUUUUAACCUGCUUACAAUCCACAGACUCCCCUACCCCCAGUUUAAAUGCCAAAAGCACAUUUCAUCGUCAUUUUCAGCCUCUCACAUUUUUCCCUCUUCGCCAUGUUACGCACUAAAGAGUUCUGUUCGGCUUGCGGGAAGUGAUGAGUGUUUUGGCGUACAACAUGAAAGAAUAAACAUCUUUGUACAAACAUGUUAGAUUCUUUGCUUAAGAUUAAAGUUACUUUCAUGUAGA